CACGGAACAGAUAAUACUACUAAUAAUGAAAGUAAUGGCAUCAUCCAUGUAACACGCGCAGUGGGAUCGUAGCUGUUGCUGUUGUUGUAGCUGUUGCUGUUGUUGUUUUGGAACGGAGCUUGAGCCACAUCCCAGCUCUGACUCAAGCCGUAGAUUUGACGUCAUAAUGGCGACCAAGUGCUGGCUGUCGUAACGGGCCAACACUUAAAAACCAAGCCACUUUGGUUAUCCAGUAACUCUUGCUCGCCUUGUCUCCAGUACACCACCGUGUUGUCAGGGUAAACCGUGCAAGAGAGAAACAAUGAGUUGGAGAAUAGCUGGCUGCAUAUUUUUGACAUGUGAGUUUCAAUUCAUUUUUUUUUAAAUCAACAUUUCUAGGAGUCGUUGUGUAAUUCAUGUUUCCUUGUGCAGACCAUGUUCUUUACAAACAUUUCACCUGAUAUUAUUAUAGACGAUGCUAGAGACCACCGCACUCACUUGAUCCGAUGUGUCAUCAUGGCAUAACGCGGCUUCUCUGCUAAAUGCAAAGUGCAGCGAUUAAAGUUUUUCACACAAGACUCGCGUGUAAGAAGACAUAAAAGCAAAAUACAAAUACAUUUAAAAUAAUCGAUAACAAACGCAAAGUUUUUCUUUUAAUUAAGCGUUUACAAAGUUAUCACUUUAUGGGGCAUUAAUUUCAUAAAGCCUCUUGUAAGCUUUUUUGUCAGUUUAUAAUUUUUUUUCAAUCCAUUGUGGAAGCUGGCAAAACUACCCCGUUAAUUACCCCCACAAUUAAAGGAAUCGCAAGAGUAUGAAGUCGGAAUUGUACUAAUAUUAAUGUUGUGUGAUGGUGUUUGACCGUCUCACUGGUAUGCGGUAAGAAACUUAGAGAUAUCCACUAUUGACAGUAAGAACACUGCCAAUAACUUCCGUCUCACUGGUAUGCGGUAAGACACUUAGAGAUAUCCACUAUUGACAGUAAGAACACUGCCAAUAACUUCCGUCUCACUGGUAUGCGGUAAGACACUUAGAGAUAUCCACUAUUGACAGUAAGAACACUGCCAAUAACUUCCGUCUCACUGGUAUGCGGUAAGACACUUAGAGAUAUCCACUAUUGACAGUAAGAACACUGCCAAUAACUUCCGUCUCACUGGUAUGCGGUAAGACACUUAGAGAUAUCCACUAUUGACAGUAAGAACACUGCCAAUAACUUCCGUCUCACUUUUUUUUUUUUUUAUUUUUUUUUUUUUUUUUUUUUUUUUAGUUUUCGUAUUAAUGAUUACUGUCAUAUUUUCGUAUCAAGAUAUUAAUGCGAAAACUUUUUUUGAACGGAAUUUUGUUCUAACGGAAAUAAUGGGGUUGGGGGUGGUGAGAAUGACAAAAAAGUUGUAUUAAAACGCUUACAUUUUCCUCAUUUCUCACUCAAAACUACCCUUAAGAAAACAUUUUUUUUUAAAAACUCAUUUGAACAAAUUGUAUUUCCACUCACUUCCUUUUGCACAACAUUCCUUCCUACAACUUGGCUUCGAAAAACUUCGUUUCCUUUACAUUUCCUUUCACCCAUAUUCUUAUAUUUUGAUACGCCGCUCAUGAAAAGAGCCAUAGAUCAAGUAAACGGAAGUCUUUUCAAUUUAGCUCCGUCUUCAAGUCAUAGUCAUAGAUUAAAUUUGAUGUUAAAAUUAUUUCAUUCGUAAAAAAAAUUGCGUUCCCAAUUUUAAAAUAUUCAAAAUUCUUAAAUUCUACCGACUUGCAUCCGAUUCCCCUUGCACUUCCCUUCCCAAUCUUGUAACUCCGUGAACGUAUAAAUAUUUGUAUUCUCAUCUCUUCCCACACAGUAAUCCACCUACAAGUCGCCGCAACAUGCAAAGUUUACCAAAUUCAAAGUUGCCGGUACUUCGAAAGAAUAUCAGUUACCCAGUUCGGCGCCUUUAUCCCCGAGGAAUCGCACAUGCAAAUUUGCAGGUGAGUUGUAUUUAUUUUCUGUCGCCGCCAAGGAUGUUAGUGAGUAAAUAUAUGGGGGGGGGGGCAGUAAAUGAAUACUUAUGAGAGUUCAACAGAACCCUGAAGUGUUCAUUAAAACUGCUUUUAUCAUUUAGACGCGUUGGUUAUUUGGUUACAGUGAGCUCAACAGUGGCCCGAGAUGUGCUUUAGAAAUUGCUCUUUUCAUUUAGAACCAGUGAUUCCUAAAGUGGUCUAUAUCGACCCCCAGGGGUUGACGACAACUUGCAUGGGGUCCGUGUCAGGGGGUCCGUGUCAGGGGGUCCAUGAAAUGAAAAUGGGGGUCAGCGAUAGAUGACCUCAUGUAAGCAGGUCGUGACUUCUAUUUUGGCAUUCCAUGAAUGGAAUAAUCCACAUACACGGAUAGUACCUAUUUACUUACAUCAUAUUGCUUUAUAAUAUAAACACAUAUAUCUUCCUACAUAAAUUAUACAAGUAACUGUGAAUUUAACAUUUCAAAAACAUAAAUGUUCCUCAAACGUGAUGAAGAAUCAUAUUAAAACUUAAGUUAUUAGGUAUAUUUUCUGAUAUAUGAAACUGUUUAAGAAUUACUAUUAUUAUGAACUAGCAGUUUCCCGCAGCUCCGACUUCAUACUAAAAGCAUUUAUUUUAUUGUUUUUUUGCUUAGUUAUUUUAUGUAAAAGAAAGUAAAUGUUAAUUUGGUUAGUUUUAAUUUGAAUCUAAUUUAUAAAUGUAUAAAAUUUAACAUUUAAAAAAAAAAAAAAGUUUUUCACACUUCACUUCACUACUGUUAUGAAUUUAAAUCUUUCAAAGUGAGUAGCUCUAUAUACCGGCUGUCAAAAAUACAAUUGAAGUUAAUGAAUUUGCAAAAAAAAAAUCAAUAUCAGGUAAGCAGGGGGUCUACCCAAAAGCAAAAAACAUGGCAAGUGAUCUGCGAGACAAAUACGUCUGGGGACCUCUGAUUUAGACGUUUGCUAAUUUGGUUACAGUCAGCUCAUCAGUGCCAUGAGGUGUUCAUUAAAAUUGCUCUUAUCAUUUGGACGUGUUGCCAUUUUGUUUACAGUGAGCUCAACAGUGCCCUCAGAUGUGCCUUAGAUGCCCAAUACACAACGGGGUGCAGCGAUGACGCGAGGAUACCGUAUCAGUCUCAGUACAACGUCAUGAAGGCGGUCUGCACAGACAGGAAGCAAGGUAACGCCAGCUUGUCUACGGGUGGUCAUUCUUUGAAAAGGGGGCAAGAGGGUGGGCGUCGGGGCAGUAGAGAGUGACCAAAGUUAGUGUCAGCACGUGUGGUAAACUGACGGUGUCACCCCCCGCCCUUCCAAACAAACACACACACAAUUCCCAUGAACCUGUAUGAAUCAUCGUGUACCUGACAUACAGUACCAUCUAACAGCCUAUCACAGUGUUUCUUUGUAAGAUUUAGAUUCAGAUUUUUAAAAUUAUAUUUAAACUAGUUGGAAAUAAUUAAUUGUGAUUACAUUGCACAUCUUUAUUUUCGGCCUAUUAGAUAAAAUCUUAAACAGGUUGGGGGAAGGGGGGGGUGGAGCUUUGAUCUUAAUAAAUUAACCGCUUUAAACCAGGUCUUUAAAGAAAAGAAUGUAGCUUGAGCAUGGGCGCCCGAAGUGCCCCCCCCCCUUACCUGGAUUGAUUGGAUAAAAAUUUUUUAGACAAAAAUAGACAAAAAAUGUAUUAAAGUAAAGAGAAAAUAAAGAGAAAGUAACUAAGCUGAUGUCCUGUCCGUUCGUUCACCAGACAAAUACGCUACAGUACAUUAAAGCUAUAUUAAAACAUUACUAAAAAUUUUUUGCCUUUUCCCCGAAAAUUUAAUGCAUUAUUUAUAGACUUCUCCCCAAAAUCAAACUGCAAUAUUCACAUAAUUUUCUAAAAUUUUUUGCCUCCCCCCCGGAAAGUUAAUCGAUUUUUUGUCCCCCCCCCCCCUAGAAACUUUUGUGCGGGCGCCCAUGAGCUUGAGGGAGCAGCGUUUAAGUACUGGGAACACAAAACUACCUUUUCUUUUAAAAUGAAACAUAAAAUGUUUUGUUGUUUGUUUUUUGGGUUUUUUUGGUGCUUUUUUUAAAUUUCAUUGUGAUGAAACUGCACUCUCGUAAAUCGCCUCAUCCUAUUCGGCCGUCUUUUCAUUGAUGCUUUUAAUCCUAUAAAAUCUGCAAGAUUGUUUAAGCCAGAACUCCACAGCUGGAGUAACAAUUAUUUCUUGCGAUCUCCAGUUUUUGAAAAGUUUCUCCCAAGUUAACGCACAAACAGAUUGCGGGCUAUGAUUGUACGAGGAUUACGGGGAAAUUAUUAAAUCUUUGUUUCAGUCGAUUCUAUCGGAAGCGUUCAUGCGGUGCCCCAUUCUCGGUAUAGUAUUUCCAUUACAAUCUUACUGAUUUGGAUAACUCAUCAUAGAGAUUGGUCAACUUCGGUAUGGGCAUCAUUAACGAUGGCUCGGUGACUGACAGUAGACUCUUGGCUUUGAAAGCGUCAAAGAUAUCUGCCACUCAUAGUUUGCUCUUGUUGUGAUCAAUGAUAUCUGCUACUCAUAGUUGGCUCUUGUUGUGAUCAAUGAUAUCUGCUACUCAUAGUUGGCUCUUGUUGUGAUCAAUGAUAUCUGCCGCUCAUAGUUGGCUCUUGUUGUGGUCAAUGAUAUCUGCUACUCAUAGUUGGCUCUUGUUGUGAUCAAUGAUAUCUACUACUCAUAGUUGGACUUUGUUGUGAUCAAAGAUAUCUGCUACUCAUAGUUGGCUCUUGUUGUGAUCAAUGAUAUCUGCCGCUCAUAGUUGGCUCUUGUUGUGAUCAAUGAUAUCUGCUACUCAUAGUUGGCUCUUGUUGUGAUCAAUGAUAUCUACUACUCAUAGUUGGACUUUGUUGUGAUCAAAGAUAUCUGCUACUCAUAGUUGGCUCUUGUUGUGAUCAAUGAUAUGUGCUACUCAUAGUUGGCUCUUGUUGUGAUCAAUGAUAUCUGCUACUCAUAGUUGGCUCUUGUUGUGAUCAAUGAUAUCUGCUACUCAUAGUUGGCUCUUGUUGUGAUCAAUGAUAUCUGCUACUCAUAGUUGGAUCUUUUUGUGAUCAAAGAUAUCUGCUGAUUCCUCGGUGGCCCUUGAUCUGGUCUGUAUGUAGUUCAUCGAAAAAAAAAAUAUCAACCUGCUUAACUCUCUAUUUUUCCUUUUUAUUCUUGCACAAUGAUUCCAAGUCUUAGUCCACGAACUAAGUAUACAUUUAUUUUUAAAAUUUGUUGAAGUGUUUUAUUAUCACAAGUUCUUAAUUGAGAAUGGUUACAUGUCAGAAUAGUCUAUUCAUAUAACAAUAGAACUUGUUAUAUCUGUAUAUCAUUGUAUCAUCUUAAUUUUGUAAUAUUUUAUUUUGUACACAAAUGUUCAUCUGAUACAUUUAUCGGAUGAAUGUUGGACAACAUUUCACAUGUGAUCAAAUAUGGGGCAGUGGUUUUCGUGGAUAACAUUUAUUGCAAAUGAAGUGCAAAUGGGUCUUUGUUAAUUCUUGUCAUUAUAUUUCCAGAUUACUUCAACAGCACAAGCUGUUUCUUCAGUAAAAAUCUGAAGAUGGACAUAGAGCAAUGUUUAAAUAUAGCCUCUUACAUGAUGGAAGGGGACGACAUUUGCGAGUAAGUUUUUUGUGGGUUUUUUUUUUAUGAAAGUUAUAUAAAUGUUGCAUUGUUGUUUUUUUUGUUUUUUUGUGAUCCAUGGUCAACAUAAGAUAAACAAUAGGAGGGCGCCAUGGGAUAACCAAGAGGUGGGAACCAUAAGAUAACCAACAGGAGGGCGCCAUAAGAUAACCAACAGGAGGGCGCCAUAAGAUAACCAACAGGAGGGCACCAUAAGAUAACCAACAGGAGGGCGCGAUAAGACACAAAAACAGGAGGACACCAUAAGACCAACAAAAACAGGAGGACGCCAUAAGACAACAAACAGAAGGGCACCAUAAGAUAACCAACAGGAGGGCGCCAUAAGAUAACCAACAGGAGGGCACGAUAAGACAAAAAAAAAACAGGAGGACGCCAUAAGACAACAAAUAGGAGGGCACCAUAAGAUAACCAACAGGAGGGCGCCAUAAGAUAACCAACAGGAGGGCACGAUAAGACAAAAAAAAAACAGGAGGACGCCAUAAGACAACCAACAGUAGGGUGCUACAAGAUAACCAACAGGAGGGCGCCAUAAGAUAACAAACAGGAGGAUGCCAUAAAAUGACAAACAGGAGGGCGCCAUAAGAUAACCAACAGGAGGGAGCCAUUAGAUAACAAAAAGAAGUGUGCAGAAAGACAACUAACAGGAGUGCGCCAUAAGAUAACCAACAGGAGGGCGCCAUAAGACAACAAACAGGAGGGCGCCAAAAGAUAACCGACAGGAGGGCGCCAUAAGAUAACCAGCAGGACGGUGCAGAAAGGUAACCAAAAGGAGGGCGCCAUAAGAUAACCAACAGGAGGGCGCGCUUAAGAUAACCAACAGGAGGGCGCCAUAUUUCAACUUGAAACAUUCCAGGAAUGUAAUCCGAUCUCCUCAUAUUGUCACCUGUCCCCCCCCCCUCCGCCCCCAGGCUCUUGAAGUUUUCGAUUCGAUCAUUUUGACCAUUUGUUAACAAACAACGUCAAUCAAUUUAAUUAUUUUUUUACAAUUAUCUUCACGUCCAACAGGAAGAUUGAAGAAACCCGAGACUGUGUUUAUAAAACGUUUCAAGAGAGGCAAGGGACGUGCAGCGAGACCAGCAAACUCCUCAUGGGGAAGCUCGUGGCUCUCUAUUUGAAGCCAAGAGGACACACAUGCACGGUGGAAUUCAGGGGUAAGGCAAUGCUCUAUCUUGUCUCAAUUGAGAUGCGUUGUAGGUCAAAGAAAACGAUUUUAGUUUCCUGGCUGCAUCCGUUCUCACUUGGGAGGUUUUUGUGUGGUUUUGUUCUUUAUAAAGACAACGUCAUGACUUAUUAAAUUGAACUCCACCCUUUCCAUGGAAUGCUGAUGAACAUACAGCAUAAGAGCGUAGCUGUGGUUUGUGCCGCCCGGGGCUGGCCAUGAUUUUUCCGUAUAUAAAUCCUUUAUAAAAUGUAAUAUCGAGCAAAGGGGGUUGGGGCCGAAUUUUUUUUUUUUAAACAUGCAUACAAGUAACGCACUUUAUAAGAAUCCCAAUAAGUGCGCCCCCCCCCCCCUCCCCCCUCAGGCUCGCAACAGCACAUUUUUUCACGCCCUUGACCUAUAUUAAUAUUCUAAUGACCCAUCCGCUUUAACACCGCAGAUUUAUUUCGCCAACUAUUUAAAAAAAAAGAAAAGGUUGACAGAUAUUGGGUCAAACAGCAGUCCGAAACUGUUGCCAGCCAGUCACCCAGAAACAAAAGCGAAGUUACUUUAAGGAUUUAAAGAGAAAUUGUCUGUGUAUAAUUUUGUAAGCGGUUGCAAAAGGGAAUUUACCCAUAACACAACGAAACUGGGACGUAGCUUCCAUUGGAAAUUAAAGACAUUGAAAAGAGUGAGCAGUCAUAACGUGCGCUAUGUAUAGCGAUCAAAACAAACUAACCUGCGGGUAGUUCAGCUUUUUUCUGUAUGUAAAUAUUUUGAUUGUUUAUAUUACUUUUUUUUUUAAAUGUUUACGAGGCGUUUGGAACCAAUCUUCCUUGUCGGUAUAAAAGAAAAUUGUGGGAGUAAUUUUUCGGUUCGGGUUUUUUUGUUGUUUUUUUUCGAUGCAAAAUCUUUUUUUCAAAAUUAAUUCUUUAUUCUUCAGGUAGCCAUUUACAUAGGUGUAUAGCUUGGAUUUCAUCCUGGACUCAGUGAUAUUUUUUUAUUUCCUUUAUCUAGAGAUUUUUUUUUUACAAAAAUCAAUAGUUAUUCCAAUAACUUAAUGGGUUGUUGUUGUUUUUUUUUUUUUACAAAAAUCAAUAGUUAUUCCAAUAACUUAAUGGGUUGUUGUUGUUUGUUUUACAAACUAUGGGAAGUUCUAGACCCAGAAAGCUAAUCUUUCCAAACUUCUUAUUGCAUCUGCAGAGGGCGAAGAAGACCCCACAACCACCACUACCACCCAGUCAACAACAGCAACGACCACGACGGAGAGGACAACGUCAACGACACCACGUGCACUUGGUGUGAGAGGGACACUGGAGCCUGGUGAAGGAUUUGAUGCAGCUGUUGCUCUAAUGCCGUCUAUUGUCUUAAAUACAUUGGUUAGCCUCGUUUUGGUGCGGCUGUUGGGAUAAGCCUUCGAUGAGCUUUCGGUGCUAAACGCAGACACCAACGGAAGCAGAGUAAUGGCGGGGCGUCAAAAUUUCAGAACAAACCUAUCAUGAGUGACACGCCGUCUUCCCAUCUUAACUGGCUUUUUCACUGUCUAGCUGCACUCAUUCCGUACGGCACAACAACUACAAAGCCAGCGUACAGAAAUGGCUGAACAUGAUACCCUUUCAGCGUGUGUCUGUGUCCAGAAAAAAAGCCUAAUUUUCAUAGUUAGUUACUGAAACUGAAGUGGGUUGAUUGGCAAUAUAGAGGUUGAUAUUUGUACAUAAUUCAGCGUCGUAAAUAUGCAUGUACAUUGGAUUAUCAUUAAUAUAUAAAAGGGGUGCUUUAAAAAAUCUUUAUUACUAAACAUUUCUGGAUACAAAAUUCUAAGAACUUAAUUUCUUUUUAAACGUCCAUUAUCACCUUGUCGACUUCAUUUUCAUACACUUUUUCAAUGCUUAUUUUGUCUAUGUAUAAAACUCUUUAUGUGUAUUAUUGUGGAUGAUUUUCUUUAUGGAUACAGCAGCAGUUUACUGUAUUUGGCUCACGUAUGUUUAUAAAAAUACAGUGGUUUCUGUUAAGCUUAAUUUGUAGGUAGCCUAAAGCACGUAAUUGACACCGAUUUGAUUGUAUUGAGAAGCUAGUACAUAUCUGAAAACUAGAGGCAUGACAUAAGAACGAAGCUCUACUUAAAUAUCGUGGUUGGAAACCGGGUCUCUUUCAGGCAUCUCUCCGGGUUGGAGGGGGGGGGGCACUGGGGGAAAGUCAAGUCCCCCCCCCCCGGAGAAAAAUGGAUAAAAACAAUAGAACGA